CGAGUGAGCGAAGUGUUCCUCUGUUAAGUUAGAUAAAAGCAAAUAAUCUUAUUUAUUCGGUGCUGGUUAGCAGUUGCUUCUGGAGUUAUGAACCGAACUUUUGCAGACGAAGUUCAUGACAGCCGGGAUCGGUUCCACCGGAGUCCUCCGCCGCUGUCCUGCUCUUCACCGACGCUUUUCCACAUGUUGGAGUCCGCUGCAGAGCUCAUGAUGGUCCACUGCGACUUCCAGGCGGCUUUUAAUGCCUGCACCGCGGGUCUGGAGAGCCUGGCGCGCCAGGAGCCAGAAGACAGAAACAGGUCUGAGGAGAUAAAAACUGGAUUCUGCAUCCUGGGGAUCCAGGCGCUGGCAGAGCUCAACCAGUGGGAGGGGGUUUUCUCCUGGGUCCUGCAACACUACGGGCACCAGGAUAAUGUGCCUGCUAAGAUCAUGCAGAUGUGCAUCCUGCUCUACUCCAAGGUCAAGCAGCCUGCAGUGAUGCAGCAGGCGACCCGGGUUUGGCUGCGCAACCCGCAAAACGUCCAGGCCGUCGGGUUCCGGCUGGUGGCGGAGCUCUACCUGCUGCACAUUCUCGUGCCGCUCGGACAUUUGGAUGAGGCGCGGGAACUCGUUGGCGGUGACGUUGGACGCAACACGUUCACAGAAGAGCAACGGCGAAAAGCUUUGGACGUGGUGGAAGAAAUAAGUCGACACAAUCAAGAAGGCCUGAUGAGUCCAGAAGGAACUCCAGAUUCUGGAGCUGGAGAAUCACAACCGAACUCAAUUCAAAGGUCUUUAUUACGUAAAGUUGAAGCCGUGUUCAGGACGUUUUACAGAAAAUGCUUGAGGACCGGAUCCGACUCAUCCGUUCUGCAGAAACUCUUCCUGGCCGCCAUUCUUCUCUACAUGCUUCUCUUCAGAUUGGACCCAGCUCUCCCGUCGUCCUAUAUGUGGAUUUUCAAACUUCUUCAGCUGAUCAAGCAGACGUGGAGAGCGACGUUUACGUCAUCUCGCCCUCUGGUGUAGAGGAGGAAACUGUACAUUUAUUUAAUUUUCUCUGAGUUUUGCAACAUUCUGUCAGGUUAAUUAAAUUAAGAAAAUAUUUAA